GGAGAAGAGCUGGGUCUCCAGUGAAGACCCGUGAUUGGACGCAUGGAGAUUAUAGAUAUGUAUAGAUAUGUCGUGUACUCCACAUAGGGGGCGGGACAGAGACUGGAGAAGCGCUUGUCCAGCAACAUUAAGAGGUACCAAAACACUGCACUAAUGCACCGUUUCGUAAGGAUCAAUUUUGGUUGUAUCCAGGGGAAAGGUUUUUCAUCGGGGAAAAUUCCUUAAAGCCAUUGCCUUCAACUGGCUCGGAAAAUUUGGCCACCACAACAAUUUUGCCCCCCUCUUCCUCCUCCACCCUCUGCACAGAGUGAACGUUGAUAUGCUGCAUCAGUGAUGGAGCCCAUGACGUUUACCACGUCGCUGGCGGGAUCAGAAGAGUUUGAUCGCAAUGCCCCGCGGAUCUGUGGGGUUUGCGGGGACAAGGCCACUGGCUUCCACUUCAACGCCAUGACCUGUGAGGGUUGCAAGGGCUUCUUCAGGCGCAGUAUGAAGCGUAAGGCUGCCUUCACCUGCCCGUUCAGCGGAAGCUGCACCAUCACCAAAGACAACCGACGUCACUGCCAGGCCUGCCGUCUCAAGCGCUGUAUCGACAUUGGCAUGAUGAAAGAGUUCAUCCUCACCGAUGAAGAAGUCCAGAGGAAGAAGGAAAUGAUAUUGAAAAGGAAGGAGGAGGAGGCCGCAAAGGAAGCUUCAAGGCCUCGGCUCAACGACGCGCAGGCCCAGAUCAUUUCGUCUUUGGUUGAGGCUCACCACAAGACUUAUGAUGCCUCCUAUUCAGACUUCUCCCGCUUUAGGCCUCCAGUGCGUGAAGGUCCGGUAACACGCAGUGCCAGCAGAGCCGCCUCCCUUCACUCUCUGUCCGAUGCGUCCUCCGACUCGUUCAAUCACUCACCUGAGUCGCUGGACACCAAGUUGAACUUAAGCAACCUGUUAAUGAUGUACCAAGAUGGCGCAAGCAGUCCAGACUCUAGUGAGGAAGACACUAAGCUCUCCAUGCUACCUCAUCUGGCUGACCUAGUCUCCUACAGCAUCCAGAAGGUCAUUGGGUUUGCCAAAAUGAUCCCAGGCUUCAGAGAAUUGACGGCAGAAGACCAGAUUGCCCUGCUGAAGUCGAGUGCCAUUGAGAUUAUCAUGCUGCGCUCCAAUCAGUCUUUCAGCCUGGAGGACAUGUCCUGGAGCUGUGGAGGACCCGACUUCAAAUACUGCAUCAACGAUGUCACAAAGGCGGGUCACACUCUGGAGCUGCUGGAACCAUUGAUCAAGUUCCAGGUUGGCCUGAAGAAACUCAAUCUGCAUGAGGAGGAACAUGUCCUGCUCAUGGCCAUCUGCCUGCUCUCCCCAGAUCGUCCCGGGGUGCAGGACCACGGCCGCAUCGAGCAGCUCCAGGACCACAUGUCGGAGACUCUUCAGGCUUACAUCCGAGUCAACCACCCCGGCGGACGCCUUCUCUACGCCAAGAUGAUCCAGAAGCUGGCCGACCUGCGCAGCCUGAACGAGGAACACUCCAAGCAGUACCGCUCGCUGUCCUUCCAGCCUGAGCACAGCAUGCAGCUCACCCCGCUUGUGCUGGAGGUUUUUGGCAGUGAGGUGUCAUAGCUGAGACGCACAAACGCACACCUUUAUCCCCCACCCAUGGCCUAUCACUCCCACCGCUGGAAAAAAAAACCUGCCAUUUGGAGGCAAAUGACAUGGAUAGAUUCAUCAUCAUGCGCCUCACUCUAUCUAGAUCUUGGCUGGCAAGAAAUCUGGAAUGCAUAAAGAUCAGAAUUCUCGGAUGUAUUGGAUACCCGCAGCACUUGGAUAAUCAGAUUACAUCUUGACAUUUGAACACCCUUCAGCUCCACAGUUCCUCGUAACAUUUGGUGAUGGAUGGAUGGAUGGAUGGAUGGAUGGAUGGAUGGAUGGAUGGAUGGAUGGAUGGAUGGAUGGAUGGAUGGAUGGAUGGAUGGAUGGAUCAGGCCACCCUUGUCUCCAUCACAUUGCUUGCUGUUCACAGCCAAUUGGAGAGGAAUACACUCGUUGUAUCCAUCGACGCUGAUGCCACAAGCCAAGGCACCCAAACAGUGGCAAUCUUAUAAGAAUAUUUGCUGCUUACAAACAGGCGCUGAGUAUCAGUGGCCAGAAGAGAAAAAAAAAGCCUGUCAGGACUGACAAGGAUGGAGCCAAAAAAAGGGGGUUGGCUACCAAGAGAGAGCCCAUCUACGGUUGGAAUUCCUUGCUGUCCAUUCAAAAGGGAAUUACGCAGGAAUAUACGUAUAUGUAUAACGCUAUAUAAGUGAAAUGUAUAAGCUGAACUAUAUAGAUUAACACAAAUAUAUAUAUGUAUUUAAGACGGCUUGGUGCUUCGGAAGAAGCAUGAUGGUAAUGUGUAAUGUAAAGCAGGGUUUCCCAAACUUUGUCUGCUAGGUUCCUCCGAGGACCCAAAGUCUCUAAACCUAAUCCACAUAUUGAUGUACAAACUAAUAUAUAAAGAAGAUGGAAGACACGUGUGAAUUAUAAAGAGAUAGUUUGACUAUCAAUCUAAGAAAAAGUGAACCGCGGCUCUUAGUUUGGGAAACCCUGCUGUAUGGAAUUUGAAGGCCCCUUCUCAGUGUGCCUUCGGUCCUCUGACAGUAGGGAUGCAGUCUGAGCAGUCCUUCUAUGUUGAUGUGUGUACAGUAUAAAAAAGUAUUGCUAGACCACAAGGGGGUGUCAGUUCGGCUCUGGCUGAAGCCUGGGCUUCUCCUGCUUUUCUUUGUUUUUUUUGGACCUGUGAAGUUUGUAGACUGACAAUGAUGACGUCACAAUGUGGUGGAUAGCAGAUGUCCUCCACCACAUUUUAGUUGGGCUGCUAAGACAGCAGCAGAAAGUUGCUCGCUGUUACCUCAGGGAUAAGUUCUGUCUGAUAGUGUUUGUACAUGGUGUUGAUGUGUGUCAGGCGUAAGCUUACAAUCAGAAGACAUCGUUUUCAAAGCUCUCUGCGUCACUGUGAUUUCUAAUUGUACCAGAUAAGACUUAUUGAAGGCUCUAAAUCAGUUGGAUCGAUGAAUGAUGGACCCACACCUGAGGUUAGAUGUCGAUUAUACUCAAGGUAGCAAUAUAGAAAAAGACAUGAGCGUUUUAAAUGUGGUGAUGCUUUCAGUGCAUGGCAAGGGAAACAUUUUACUACAGGUCACUUGACAGCCCCUCAGCAGGCCUUAAGCGCCCCCUUGUGGACAAACUUUGUAAAUACCACUUGCUCAGUCUGGUCUGUACAUAUUUCGAAUGUAAUGUUGACAAAACACUAAAAGAGUUCAAGAUGCUAUGGCAUUACAAGCAUGAUAUGCAAUUAGGAUUUAUGGAGCCUUGCGUUGUAUUAUUCAAGUCGGUGGAUGGAGUCGACCCUUCUGGUGAGCGCGUCUGGCUUGUUAAAGGAAACAAAACUAAUAGUGUUGUAUUUUGGGACACUUUAACCAAAUUUUUGCAAUCGAAUAUCAUUCGCAGAAUGUCUCAACCUCUCGUCACUUAACAUCCCUAUGCAUAAAAAGAACCAUGCUCAAAUCAGUGCGUGGUCACCACAAGGUGUCCUCUCCGUCCGUCCAAAGUCAAUGGAUAAGCUUUUGACACCGCUAAAGUACGAUUAUGAUUUGGGUGAAAAUGCUUUCUCUGUUUGCGCUAAUCCACAUUCUCUAGCUUGCGCUUGGCUUGCUGGUUUAGGACUUUCAUGGAUUAGUGGAGGUCUGCUAGAGCCCUUUCCACGCUCACUCGGUUCUAACUGAGCAACCGUAUUCCUUGCCGUUAAGGUAGGGAAACAAGCGCUUUUCAACUGGAAUCUGUACAAACCUGAACGCCAUAUCAACAACCUUCAUGGAAGGAGUAAAAUCCUGCCUCAGUGGCACACUGCCUCAAUAUAAGUGACACGCCGAUAGCAACCGACGUCGGCGUGCCUCUUCAACAACCAACCACCAUACCGCCUCAUCUUCUGCAGGAGCCAAUAUUACCGCAGCUGAUGACUCAACACAGCUUUAACCCAGCAGCCGUCUCGGCUCUGCUUCUUUGGUGCACCAAGUGCUGAUGGGAACAUCUGCCGUUGGACUUUUGCUUAACUGUGAAAAUAAACAAUGCUCAAAUGACCCUUUACCCCACCCCGCUAAACCUUUCGAUGGACCUUCACGAGACUUUGUACAGAUAUUUUGAAAGGAGGAUCGCUUCGGGCCAGCAGGAUAUGCAGUGACUGAUGACGACUUGUCACCUCCUGAUCCCAAAGCAUGAUGAUGAUACCUUGCUCACUUUUCUGCCUCACUUUGCAGCUCUCAGAAUUUACCUUAUAGGAAGAAAAAACGAAACACAUGUUUGUUGUAGAGUUUAAGAAACUGGACAUACAGUACAUCACCUUCUUCAAAAAGGAAUGCAGAUCGGUGGAGGGGGAGAUGGUUCAACUUGAAGGGUUCGGGCAAGGAAACAUCAAACUUUUUCUGUGUUUGGUGAUUGGAUGAACCUAAUCUUUCGAGCCUCCCGCCCAUUCCAGUCAGGUUAGCAGCUCCACCUCCGUAGCCUUACUUGCGGUUCUUUCACACUAGCUUUCUUUGGUCCCAUAUAAUGAUUUGUUUUUCUUUUUCCAUUUCUUACAUUUCUACACUUUUAAUUUUUUUUUAUUAUUAAUCUGACGACUGAUGACGUACCAAGACUGACCUGUCACAGGUAUUGUGGUCUUCCAUCAGGCUGAAAAAUAAAAUUUACAAGUUUUUUUUUUUUUUUUAAAUCCAUAAUCCGCAACAAUAUUUAAAGCAUCAGGCCAUCGACAAAGUUAACAGACAACUCUACCUCUUUGAUAUCGGUGACAACUUGAUUGAAUUAAAAUACAAAAAGCGCGCAUGGAUCAAGGGAGCCCUUUUUUCUUGUCAAGCGCCAGAAGACUCAAACUGCUCAAAAUUGACCAGAUUGUCAGUAUGUGUGAACAUAUUCUUGCCAACAUUGUUGACUUUGGGAAUUAUUCUGAGUCAAUUUCCCUAUCUCUGUUAAAAGUAAGCAAGCCAGGAGUUUACAAACCAACCAGCUGUUUGGGACCAGAGAAAGCCAGCUCAUAGUGUGAAAGCAACCUCCGCCUCUAUACACCAUCAAAACAGAUACCUCAGUCAUGUCCGUAAUGUCUUGUUGACAUCAAUAGCCUUGUAAGGAACCGAACAUCAACUCAUCGCACACACUCUUUUGGUGGAUCCCAAUGUUUGGAGGUUUUGACUCCCUCUGUAGUUUUCUGGCUUUGUGCUCAUUUCCGGAUCAUCACUCUUUUGUCCGGUGUCUGCAGCUCAGCUUCAGCGCUGCAUGAACCAAACAUACUACCUCUCCCUUCAGCACAUACAUUCUGAAUACAGUUGCUUAUAUUCAACUCCUUUUUAAUUUCACACUAACUGAAAUGUUUGUCGUGUACAGUCAUUAUUUUCCCUGUUUGAGCUCUUCAAAUGCUGGAUAAUAUUUUUUUACCUCAACAGAUCACAAUAUAAGCUUACAUAUCUACAGUUAAGUCAGUGACGUUAUCGUGUCAAGAUUUAUACGAGCGCUCACCUAGCGGUAAUGAAGACUCACAUUGUCCACUUGAUGUUAGGCGGGUUGGUUCAAGCGCAUCAAAUUGUUUUAGUUGGCUGGAUUCUCAAUUCAUAGUGUGCAAAGUGGGCCUGACUUUACAAUCCACUUCAGACUGGAAGGAGUUUAUAUUAGCUGGCUGGCUGGCUGCUACCCUGCAGUGAGGAAGAAAGACUUGGGGAAGUUGUCUCAGCUGUCUCAAAAAGGGAGCCUUAAAGCCACUAUGGCUUCAAAUCCUUGUCGUCUCCCCAGAUGUGGCUUACAUUUGUUUUAGUCAAAACGAGAUCAUGUAGAGCAGUCUCAAUAAAACAGAACUAAAACCGAUUGAGUCAAACCAGCGUCAGAUUGGAACGCAAACACAUUUGAAAGUAAAUGCAAGUUUAGUGCAACUGGUGGUGAUUUGAAAUGUGAAAAUGCUCAUUUUGGCCCCAAAUGUGAACGUCAUGUCAAAAGGAUGUUCCAAACGAAUGUGCGAAGUGAAUACAAACACUGCCAAGUAAUAUUAAGGCCACACAGGAGAAAAUGUGAAGAGAAAAGUAGCAGGAAUAAAGUUGUAAACCUAUGAGUCAUGUUGUUAGAAUGAAUAUUUAAAAUAACAUUUUCACAAAGCUGUAAUAUUUCACCCAUAGUGUUAUAAGAAUUAAGUUGUGAUGCUGCGAGAAUCUCCGUAGUCAUAAUAUUAAUUUAAUUGCAUAUAAUCUAAAAAAAACAUAACAUUGAAUAUAGUAUAUGUAUUGCUACGGUUACUUUAAUGAGUGAAUGUCAAGAUUUUCAUUAGGACAAGGAAAGGUCCGAUACCAACAGCCUCUCAAUAUUAAUUAUGUUCACCAUCAAACAUAUUUGGAAACGCGUUCAUGCUCAGUGUUGACACUAUUGAUGUGGUUUUAAAUAUAUGCAGGCACACGUAUGUAAAAAAAAAACCCUCAAAAAAACACCUGUGAUUUCUCAAAUGAAAUACUUGUUCUUGUAAUAACAAUUCUCAUAAUUCUGUGACUGCCCAUAGUAUUAUUUUGCCUUUUCAGUGUUGUCGUAAUAGGCGUGUACAAAGUCAACACGAGAAGUAAAGUAGGCCAGCCCACCAAAGGGGUUCCUCAUCAACCCAUUUGAGCCCAUCGUCCAAUCAUCACGCGUCUCUCUGUCCGCUUUGCUCUUCUUGUAUUGCUCUUGUUCUCCAAACAUUUCAUCAAGACAUUGGGAUCCCAGUUUAGAUCACAGAAAUAGAAUAGUAUAUAUAUUUUUUUGAAUCAUUGGUGUUUUCUUUAGUUGUUGCCACUCCGAGCCGAUGCGCAUCAGCUUUAAUCCAACCUCAGCAAACUGCCUGCUUUUCUUUCAAAACUUUGUUUGCUGCUCUCUCUCAGCUUGCAGGAAGCUUUCAUAGGUGAGCAGUGAACAACACACAUAGCUUUCAAACCUCACACACUCUUCUUGCAUUCUAUCAGCUAUUAAGAGAAGUCUGCUACCGUCAGCCAAUCUGCUCUCUCGGUGUAGAAAUUCACGAGGUAAUUCAAAAGUGUUCAUUGUAGUGGCUUGUCCUCUCUCCGCCAUACAGAGCAUCUGGAAAUUAUUCACAGAGUUUCAACUUGUUCCUCAUUUUAUGUCACAGACACAUACUAAAAAUGAAUUAAAUUCACUUGAAUGUUUCCUCAAAAAUCACUUAAUGGCAAUGUGUGUGUAUUUUUAUUUUUGAAAAUGUAUUAAUGUACUAAUAUAUUCACAGCCUUUGCCCAAUACCUUGUUGGUGCACCUUCAGCAGUAAUCACAGGAUGAAAUCUUCUUGAAUAUGAUACAAGAAGGUUGGCACAGUUUCGGCCCAUUAUCCUUUGUAGCACCUGUCAAUCUCCAUCAGUUUAGAUGCACAGCCAUCUUCAGUUCUCUCAGGAGAUGUUUGACAUUCAAGUCUGUGGUCUGGCUCGGCCAUUCAAGGGCAUUCCCAGAUUUGUCUUAUGUUGUCUGAGUGGUGUGCUCAACUCAUUCACUGCCAGCACAGUUAAAAUGAAUAUUUGGCGUCUAUAAUGAGUUAAGAUUGUUGUCCUGUUUGAAGGUAAACCUCCAACCCAGUCUGAGUUAUUUAGGUUUUCAUCCAGGAUGUCGCUGUACAUUACUAUAUUCUUCUUCUCCUCUAUCACGACAUAUUAUUUGUAUUAUUUUAUUUUUCCUCAGCGGACUAGAGAAUUUCUUUCAUAUGAUCUAAAAGCCCUUCAGGUGCCUUUUGGGUAACUCCACUCUGGCUGCCAUGUUCCUUUCACCAAGGACUAGUUUUCAUCUACCAUACCUGGCCUGAUUAGAGUGCUGCAGAUAUGGUUGUCCUUCUGGAAGGUUCUUGCUUCACAGAGGACCAAUGGAACUCUGACCCUGACUAAGCCCUUCUCCCCCAAAUGCACAAUUUAGACAGGUGGCCAGCUUUUGGUAGAGUCCUGCUGGUUCCAAACUUCUUCCAUUAAUGGAAGAUGAAUUAUUUUUUGUACCCUUACUCAGAUUUGUGUCUCAGGACAAUCCUGUCUUGGAGGUUUACAGGCAAUACCUUUGACUUAAUGCUUGGUCACCUGUGGGACCUUAUAUAGUGUGUGCCUUCCCAAAUCAUGUCCAAUCAACCUUAUUAACCACAGGAUUCCAAUCAAACUGGAGUAACCUCUCAAGGAUGAUCUGUGGAAACCUAAGCUCAAUUUUGAGGUUUGUGGCAAAGGCUGUGAAUACUUAAGUCCAUGUUUGUUUUUUUUACACAUUAAACACAUUGUGAUGCUAUGUGAAGGGGGAAUCAUUUACAGUGUUUCAUUUUGAAGUGAGACUAUAACAUAAAAUGGAAAAAGUGAAGGGCCGUAGAUAUGUUCUGAAUACACAGUAUUCACCCCGUAGAAUACCACUGAGCCAAACAUGUUAUUUUGUUUCAGUAGCUGUUUCUUUUAAUCUACUGUCACACUGUGUGAUGUUUAACAGCAUACAAUUCUGUGGUACAGGUUGAUUAGAUCUCGGAGUUCCCUUCACUCUGCUUCUGUUUGUUAGACUAAUAGCCAGUCGUUGGCAAAUGGAGGGACAUUUUCCUUCCCUCCUUCUCCUGGACGUGGGUAUUCCAUCAUGCUAGCAGAGCUCCUGAAAGCCCAAGUUGCUGAGGCCAUUGGGGUUUGCACUUUGUCAGUCAUGCCUUCUGUCUAUGAUUGGUUGUUUUUUUUCAGAGCUGUGGUGGUAUCAUUCGAGGCACAAUAUGGGUCCAAUAAGGGCUGAAUGGAUUAUUUCACUCAUGUUCUAGUAAAUGAAAGAAAUACUGUCAGGCCAUACAGACAGUUUUAACAAGCAGAAAAUUGCAAAUUCCCCUUAAGCUCUUAAAUCCACCUAUUCCACACUAUUGUAUUUUGUAAAGUCACGUUGGAUGAAUACCUUCACAUGUUCAAUGUGAUUUCAUGGGAAACAUCUGAAGAUGUCCCGUGGGUUGGACUCCUGUCAUCCCCCACUUUUAAGUUCCCCACAAAUCUGGCACCCAAUUCAGACUACAUACUUGUCAUAUGAGGUAGUCUGUGAGCUUUUGAACAAUUCUGUGGAUGGAGAGGCUGCAUCUUGUUUUCAAGAGUGGAGAGUGGCUGAAUUGUGACAGAUGGCUGUGUUUCUCCGCUACCUCUUUUCAAUGUAACGUGCUUGCUGGAUGGCUUUCUUGCUCGCUUGCACCCUAUUAAGUGAAGCCCACGGACGGGGCAAAUGCAGAGACUCCCAGACGGACCCCGCGCACGUCACUGUGCACUUGUUUCUCCCUCACCAGCAGUCUUUUUGCCAAUGAUGCACUUGUAUAUACAGGCUUUCUUAAUGUCUGUAUAAAUGCUCCACGUCCAUUUUUAACAUCAGGAUUUUUGCACCGAUGCACAUAAUUGCUCAGCUCAGUUGUACCUUGGUGUGCCUACAACCUUCAGCCUUAUUUUGGGACGAUAGCAGGGCUUUUACGAUCCGUAUUUGUAGUGCUGAUGUUGACGCUGUCGUAACGCUUCACGGCAACACUUUUGUCAGGGGAGGAUAUUUCUCCAAUGUAGUCAUAUCCAACACUAACCGGAAUUUAAGUAUUACACAACCCAAAUGAUUUUGUAUGAAAAUGGAGACAUGCUAAUAAAUGAUCCCUUUUGAUUUGUAUAGUAUUUGCUCCAUUUUACUUCAUGACAAAAAUGACCAAGUUCAUGUGAUAAGCUCAGCGGACUUUUCUUUGUCUUCGCAAGCGGUACAGUUGUAAUACACUUGCGUCCCAAGAUAAGUACCAGUACCACCAUGCAGUAAAACCAACCAGACCUCAUUGCGUCUGGGUUUUUUGUCAUCAUCACACAGUUGCCAUGCCAUCAUUGCAGAUGGCUCAACGGGAAGUCCUUUUAUUUAACUGCUCUGGCUGUGUUGCGGUUUAUCUUUCUUUUUUUUUGUGCUCUUCUCCCUGCAUUUGAUCCGUUGUACUUUGAUUACAUGCAUUGUAUCUAAUAAAAAAAAAAAAUACUGAUAAUAUUUGGAGCAAAUCAGAAAUAAAGCAGCUGUACAUAAUGAUGCAAAA